CCCUCCCACAUCCCUUUCUCAUCCAAACUGCUCCUCUGUUUCACCCUCCCCCCUACCUUAAAAAACAGAGCUUUUUCCUCUUGGUGUGCUUUUGAUCCAAACAGUACCCUUCCUCCUCUGCGCAACCAUGACCGUUGAAGUCCAAUCCAACGGAACCCACAUCGCCGAUCCCCUCGCCGCUCCGAAAGAAGAACCCGUCGAGGCCGUCGACGACCUGACGGAGCUCGUCAAGGUCGAAACCGUUGCCGCCGCCGCCGAGCCGAACAAUGCUGAUCACAGGGAACCAGAAGAUGACAAAGAGCACACGACUCUCGGCUCCAUAAUGGAGAAAAGCUCCUCCUUUAAGGAGGAGAGCUACUUCCUCACCGACCUCAAAGACCACGAGAAGAAGGCCUUAAUGGACUUGAAGUCGAUGCUCGAAGACGCCGUCGCCAACAACGAUAAGCUCUACGACACAGAGGAGGAAGAAGAGAACAUGAAGGAGGGAACGAGAGAGCGCGGGAUCUCUCUAUGGGGAGUAACACUGGUGCCCACAACAAAGUCACCGGAGAGCGCCAAUGUGCUCCUCCUCAAGUUCCUCCGCGCCCGCGAGUUCAAAGAGCGAGAGGCGUUCGACAUGAUCCGCAACACGCUCCGGUGGAGGAAGGAGUGCAAGGUCGAUUCGAUCCUCGAGGAGAGCUCCCUCGGCGCGGGGCCCUGCAAGAGCGGCGCAUGCUUCGUGGCCGGGCGCGACCGCGAGGGGCGGCCGGUGUGCUACAACGUUUUCGGGGCGUUCGGGGAUGCGGAGUCGUACCGGAAGGCGUUCGGGACGGAGGAGCGGAGGAAGGAGCUGCUGCGGUGGAGGGUGCGGGUCAUGGAGGAGGGGAUUCGCGAGCUCGAGUUCAGGCCGGGGGCCGCCGCGUCAUUCGUUCAGGUUAUCGACCUCAAGAACUCGCCCGGGGUCUCGAAGAAGGAGCUGCGGAUCGCGACGAGGGAGGCUGUUCAGCUGCUUCAGGAUAAUUAUCCUGAGUUCGUCGCAAAGAACAUCUUCAUCAAUGUGCCCUUUUGGUUCUACGCAUUCAGCGCCCUCAUCUCGCCCUUCCUAACCCUAAGAACAAGGAGCAAAUUCGUGUUCGCGCGCCCUUGGAGGGUCACGGAAACUCUCCUCAAGUAUAUUCCUGCCGAAAACAUACCUGUUUCUUACGGUGGGCUAAAGCGCGAGGGCGAUGUCGAAUUCUCCGGUGGUGACGAUGUCGCGAUUACCGAGCUCGUAGUUAAAGCUGGAUCGACCGAAAAUGUCGAAAUCCCCCUACCACAGGCUGAGACAACUCUAGUGUGGGAUUUAACUGUUCUUGGAUGGGAAGUGAACUACAAAGAAGAAUUUGUUCCCUUUGAUGAAGGAUCAUACACAAUUGUUAUUCAAAAGCCGAAAAAAAUUGGGUAUCAGGAAGAAACAAUCAGAAACUCAUACAAGAACAGCGAGCCCGGAAAAGUCGUUCUCGCCAUUGAGAAUAGCUCAUACAAGAAGAAGAGAGUGUUGUUUCGGUGCAAGGCGAACAAUUGUUGAGGAUAGUAUUAGAGGUUUUUAUUAUUAUUAUUAUUAUUAUUUUUUGUUCUGAAGCCUCUGAUAUUAAUGUUGUGUUUGAUAUGUUUUGAGAUGUAUAUUUUUGGGAUUUGAUAUUGGGAUUGAAUGUGAGAAAAUUAAUGUCUUGGUUUGAGGGAUUGGUUUGUUCAUGUUGUAUUAUACUUGUUGAUCAGAACUAGUGUUUUCUAACAAAUGUAUCUGAUGUUUUGAGUUA